AUGGGAGAAAUGGGUAAGUGGAAUCAGACAACACCAAUUCAAGUAACUGAAUUCAUUCUCCUGGGCAUCACAGAUCAUCCUGACCUGCAGAUACCCCUUUUCCUUGUGUUCCUCAUCAUCUACCUGGCCAUUGUUGUGGGGAACCUGGGCUUGAUUAUCUUGACCAAGAUUGAUUCUCACCUGAAAACUCCCAUGUACUUUUUCCUCAGGAAUCUGGCAUUUAUUGAUCUUGGAUACUCCACUGCCAUUGGUCCCAAAAUGAUGGUUAAUUUUGUUGUGGAGAAAAAUACCAUUUCAUAUACUGCAUGCGCAACCCAGCUAGUUGUCUUUAUAACAUUAAUGGUAAAUGAACUUUUUAUGUUAUCAGUGAUGGCCUAUGACCGCUAUGUAGCCAUCUGCAAUCCCUUAUUGUACAUGGUCAUCAUGUCAGAUAGAGUGUGCUGCCUCCUAGUGGUCAUACCGUAUCUCUACAGCUCAUGUGAAGCACUGCUGAUUACAAUUAAGAUUUUUAGUUCAUCUUUUUGGAAAUCUAAUGCUAUUAGUCAUUUCUACUGUGAUAGUCUUCCCCUCUUAAGUAUUUUAUGCAAGGAUGCAAAGGAUGUAGAAUUAAUCAUUCUGAGCCUUUCUGCUUUUAAUUUGAUUUCCUCCCUGCUGGUUGUUCUUGUUUCAUAUGGACUCAUUCUUAUGGCCAUCCUAAGGAUGAACUCUGCUGAGGGAAGAUGCAAAGCCUUCUCUACCUGUGGCUCCCAUCUCACAGUAGUGGUUGUAUUAUAUGGAACACUGACUUUCAUGUACUUGCAGCCCAAGUCUAGCCAUUCCUUUGAUACAGACAAAGUGGCUUCUGUCUUUUAUACCCUGGUAAUUCCCAUGCUCAAUCCUUUGAUCUAUAGUUUGAGAAAUAAAGAAGUGAAAGGUGCCUUGAAAAGAGCUCUAGAAAAUCAAUGUAAAUGUCUUCUUUGA